AUGCUGAAGAUCACUGAUAACUGCGGAAAGGAAGAAAAGUGGCUAAUUGCCCAACAAGUUGGUUUUCAGGGAGAUGUUAAAAGCACCAUUGUUGAAGCCUUUAAGAAACAGAAACUCGGGAUGCUUCCUCGCGGUGGCGUUGCAUGUCUGUUGGAAAAAGAAUACCUGGAGUUUCCUGUACAAAGGCGAAAUAAGGCUUUCUGCUUUUUGCCCCUUCCGCUUGAAACAAAUCUUCCAGUUCACAUCAAUGGCCAUUUUGCGUUGGACCACGAGUCAAGAAGAAACCUGUGGAGAGACGAAGCUGGACAUGUUGGAUAUCGGAGCGAAUGGAACAAUGCCCUAUUGGAAGAUGUGGUGGCCUCCUGUUACAUUGACAUGCUGGUUGAGGUGAAGAAGUUACUCGGCUUUGGUCCAAAACGCUCCACUGAAAAUAAGGUUUUGGGAAAGAUACGUAUUUUGGAGAGCCUUUUCCCCCAGGAACUGACGACAGAUCACUACUGGGAAACGCUGGUUGAUUCUGUAUAUCGAGAAAUGGAUAACAGGAAGUUAAAUCUUCUACCAGUCGUUCGACACUCCGCUCAAAGGGGUAGAUCCUCCGUCGAUGUCACGUGGCUUCCGCCCACCGGUGUGGGAAAACAAAAGGUGUUCUUUAACAAUCUUGCAGAUGCUGGUCCCUUCGCGAAGAUACCUGAGAAGGAUAUGGAGGAGGCCGUAAAUAAACGAAGACAGAAAUUUGAGAGAAUGUUGCUAAGAAGUGGUUUCAACCUUGUUGCCUUUUCCAUGAAAACGCACGAUUCAUUUCAGCGAUCUGGUGUUGUUACGUCUUGUAUCUCUGCUGGUGAUCUGUUAGAGUUUUACGGAACGUUUGGUUCUCACGACCCCUUAUGCACCAUUGGACCCAUUCCUUGUAAUGUAAGCAAGACAGUGUUUGAAGAUGAAUAUGGAGUGAAACUCGUGCUAUCGUUCUGUAAAGAGGCCGAUGAUUUUCUCGAGAAGCUUCCAGGCCUUCCACUUCUACUUACGCAAGACAAUUGUCUUCAGUCAUUUUCAAACGUAUACCCCAAGUUUCUGUCACGAUUUAAAGACCUUCUUCCUGGAUCUCCCCAAAUUUUCCUACACGAAGAAAUAUACUGGAAAUUGUUUUGCACCUCUGACACUUCAAAGUUGACGGUCUUAAAACCGUUGGAUGCUGAUGCAUUUGCCACCAAUUUGGCUCAAACAUUGCCAAGGGAAAUUUAUGGAAAAUCCAGUUAUGUUCAGUGGUCUCCAGCUCAGAAAGGAGUACCAAACCAACGAUGGAUAUGUAAGGUUUGGGAAUUCCUUUAUGAUAUUUCACGAGAUGUAAUAAAUGACAAAGAAAUUGACGAUGAAGGCAAAGUUCGUCAGGUUAAGGCCAUCAUCCAUCCCCUCCUCGACUGGAGUAUUCUUCCCGUUACUCAAAUAAGAAGCUUUGGAGUCCGUCGUCAAGUUGAUCACUUUCUUGUGCCAUUAAGGGGAGCACAGGGAGCGAUUGACAUGGCAAACGUCGAUGCAGCAAGUGCAAAACUGGUAAAGGUUUUGCGUAAACUUGGUAUCCCUGAGCUUAACCAGAGAGCUCUUUCACAUACCAUUUCGGCAACCAUCAUGUAUUCAUCAUCGACCUCGCUGGCUGUAGCUCUUAUGCUGGUAUCUUCUCUAAAGGAUCCCUCGUCGCUUCUUGUAUCACUUCAACAAAAAUUGAUCUUAAACCAACAAGAAAUAAAAGAAAGAUUAGAGGAAUCCGACUGUAAAGAGAUCUUGGAGUACUUCUGUUCAAGUGUAAGCUGCCUUCGAGAAAGUGACCAAAUCAAUCUUAGGAAGCUUCCCUUUUACCUUGCAACAAACGGUGGCUUCAUGUCACUCGAAAAAGUCAAGGUGUCUGUCUUACCAGCUGGGGUACCACAAAACGAAAUUGAUGUUCUAGAGAGUGCAUUGGGGAUGGCAUUUGUGAAAUCAUGGGAAAAUGUCACCGAUUUGUUUAGAUUCUUGGAGCUUACGUGCAUCUCUGCUGUUGACGUGUACUGUGACUCGAUUUUGCCAAGUUUUAAUCUUCUAAGUGAGGAGGCAAGACAAGUUCACCUAGAAUAUAUUCGUGACAUCAUUUUGACAGAUACCACUGAAGGUGAUGAAGAAAAAGAAAGGUUACUCGAAAUCUUGAAAUGUACGCCUCUGAUUCCCUCAAAGAAUGGUACCUUGAAGAAGGCAUCCUGUGUAUACGAUCCCAAUAACGAUGUUUUCAAGGUCAUGCUUUCAUGCGAUUUCCCACCAGAACCGUUGGACUCUCCCGAAUGGAUUUCGUUUCUACGACAAGUAGGCUUGGUCUCUGAGGUAUCUUCGGUUGAUUUUAAGAGAUUUGCAAAGGAAGUGGAGCAUGAAGCACUUACAGCGCAAACGGAGAAAACUCACGAGAAGUCUAGAACUCUGGUUGACCAUCUCAUCUCUCGACAUGAUGUAGUUGGUGAGGGCUUGUUGAACGCCAUCCGCGAUAUCGCCUUUGUCGUCGCUGAUCCUGUAGCUCAUCAACUACAACAGUUAUGUCCACCUUUUAAGCAAAAGCAAGGGGAUCAAGUUCCUUACAUUCCGUUCAAAGGAGCAGUUUUUGCUAACUAUGAAGAAAUCGUUUGGACUCAAGCCCACUUGCUUCCAACCUGGGCGAAUCCGGAGUUCCGUCGGUAUCAACUUGGUCGACCCCCUCUCGCUUCUGCCUACAAAUACUGUGAUGCUUUUGUUUCGCAACUUCAAAUACCUAAGAAGCCGCCAAUAGACAUAGUUGUUCGGCAUUGCGAAGUCUUAUGCCAUCACCUGGAAAACCUCCGAAAAUGCAAGCUUGACUUAUCUGAACAUCGUUGCCAGAUUACGAACGUCAUGGAACAAAUUUACAAGUUCUUACAAGAUAAUGCAGACGAAAGGGGUACAAUCGUCCUCGAAGUUACACCCUGCAUUUUGGUUGAAAAUGGAACGAGGUUCGUCAGGCCUGGUAAAGCGGUUCUCGAACUUCGGGUGAAAGACGAAAUUAAACCUUUCCUUUAUAGGGUUCCUCCUGAGCUUGGGAAAUUCCGAAAAUUGUUUCAAACCUUGGGAUGUGAUGAGUUUGUUACAUGUGCCCAUUAUGCUGUGGUAUUGAGGAACUUGCAAAAGAAUUGUGGUGACGCAAAAUUACAUCCCAAUGAGCUGAAAAUGUGCUUCAAGGCGGUAAAGGGAUUCUUUGAGACGUUACAGGAGAAGUCCGAAGAAGCUUCCACCUUGUCCUCAUUGUCCACGUUGUACCUACCAGCAACGCCCUCAGGAAUCCGCUGCUUGAAAAAAAAUUUAAACACAAUUUCCGUCACGUUACACAAGUCCUCUGAGUUGGUAUUCAAUGAUGUACCUGCCUACGAGGAUCGAAUCAAAGAGCUCCACCAACAUUUUUUACUUGAUCUUAAGCUUAUGGAGGUUAGAGUAACACUAACCAUGACCAACUUCAAAGAGCUGAUGAUGAAACUGCCUUUACAAUUACAGCCAAAGAUGCUCUCACUUGAAGUGAGAGAAAAGCUCAUUAAUGGUGUCUUCGUGAAAAGCUCAGUUUUCGAUUUAAUGAUGCUGCGACUUUGCACCCCACACUUUGGUCAGGGAAUCGCUAGGAUCAUCAAGCACGACAACUCUCAAAAGUCGGAUUUCGAUGAAGAAGUUAUAGCUGAUAUCGAAAAGAGUCUCAAAAGAAUUCAGCUGUGCGCCGUGGAUAGUCUUAAAACGGCCCUUUUCUUAAAUGACAACCUAAUCCCAGGAAGCGAAAGAGAUACCAAGUCAUUCCAAGAGAAAUGUGAGAUACACGGUGAGGAGAAAUGCAUGGUGUACGUUAACGUGGUAAAUGCGACUAACGAUACCGAUUUGGCCAGGUCUUUGCUUUCGGCCGUUGUUAUAGAAAUGUAUGGUGACUUUCUUGGAAAGAGCGCUUACUUAAUCCCUAGUAUGUUGCAGUGCGCUCCUAAUGAAAUCUGGUCUCUGCUCGAUAAAUCGGACAUUCGACAAGACGACACCUGCAGUUUAGAUGGUAUGGAUAUCUUUCCUGACCCGGGAAGUUUCAUUCCAGUUGAGGACCAUCAUCUACUGAAUGACGCUUUUGGCGAUUUUGAACCUGGGGAAUAUGUCGGUUAUCAGCUUCACGACCCGAGUCUUCAGCUAGACAGAGGCGUUGCUACGUUCAUCUACGCCGUGAUUAUCGAAGAGGUUAUGGCCCAGGAUGUUGGCUGCAACGAAGACUGGGUUCUGCAUCUCGUUACCAAGGUGUACUCCGUGAACAUUGGACAUGACCACGAGCCGGUGGAGGUGACUGCAGCCAAACUGUACAAAUUUUGCCGUUUUGAAGAAAUAUCUAAUGCGCAACGCAGAAAUAGGGAAGAUGGGGAAGAGGUCCUCCUUCAAAUCUCGACCAUUUUGGAAAAUGCAUGGAAAUGUGAUUUAUCAGAGGGUGAAAGAAGACAAAUUGUCAAGCGGGUCAUUCUUCAGUGGCGUCCGGAGAAGAAUAUAGGAGAUGAAGAGUUCUGCUUUGAAGUUUCUAAACAUAUAAAGGACGAACUUUUCCGUCUAGGUGGAUCGCACGAAGAAUUUAUCGACGCUUGUGUGGAGAUUGCUGAGGAACACAGAUCACGUCGUGAAGAAUACCAAGAAAAAGUGUUACAAUGGUAUACAUCCCAAGACCACGAGCCAUGGCGAAAUGUCCCUCCUAGUUUUUCAAGUAGCAAUCCUCAACCUGGAGAAGCCGAGCGCUGGUACAAACAAGCCAAAGCUGACCUGGAGGCUGGGGGAAAUGAAAUUGACUCCGGCAAGCCCUCCUAUGAGUGGGUAUGCUUUAAAUGCCAUCAGGUAAAAUUAUCGUCGCUUAGUAAAAUCGUAAGAACCUAA